GCACAACACACAAAAGCCCAUCACAGGUCACUCAAUAAAUUUGGAGUGGGAUUGGAUUUGGACUGGACUGGAAGCAUGAGCAAACUCGCACUAUAGCCGCUUCAAAGCGCCAGAGCACAGUCAAGAAGCAUGGCCAUGAAACUGUUUGAUGCACACUGUCAUCUUCAAGACUCGAGAAUCCUCAACAAAGCUCCCCAACUCAUAUCUACUGCUUUUGAUACUGGCAUAAUUCGCUUUGCUGUUAAUGGUGUCUGCGAGAAAGAUUGGCAUUUGGUUAAAGAAAUGGGUGAGCAGUAUCCUUCUGUGAUUCCUUGCUUUGGUCUUCAUCCCCGGUUUAUUACAGAAAGGACUCCGAAUUGGUUUAACAAGCUCAAAGAAUUCUUUGAGUCCACUCCCUCUGCUGCUGUUGGAGAGAUUGGAUUGGACAAAGGUUCUCAUGGAAAGAAGAUCGAUUUCGUGGAUCAGGUUGAAGUAUUUCAGCAACAGCUUGAACUUGCAAAGGAGUUGAAUAGACCAGUAUCUGUUCAUUGUGUUCGUGCAUAUGGUGAUCUCCUCGAGUCAAUGAAAAGCAUGGGUCCGUUCCCUGCUGGUGUCAUUCUCCAUUCUUACCUAGGUUCUGCUGAGAUGGUUCCUGAAUUUGCCAAGCUUGGUGCUUACUUCUCUUUCUCAGGCUUCCUUAUGUCUAUGAAAGUCCAGAAGGCUAAACGCGUGCUGAAAGCGGUAACUUCUGAUAGGAUUUUGUUAGAGACGGAUGGCCCUGAUGCUGUGCCAACUUCAAAUACUAAUUCUCUAUUUUUGGUGGAUGGAGAUAAAUCUGUUCCUGAAGGGAUUAAUUCCAAAGGAGAAAAUUCUUCCUCAAAUGCUACCGUUCUUUCUAAUGAUCAAACUUAUGCUUCAAAAGAUGCACUAUCUCUGCCGAGCCUUAAUCAUCCAGCAAAUAUCCAUACUGUGCUCAGUUAUGUUGCAUCUUUGCUAGACAUGACCAAAGAAGAACUUGCAGAAAUGAGUUACAGAAAUGCAGUCCGCAUAUUUUCUUACGAAGGUUCAAAGGUGUUAGAAGAAUAGUUUUAGAGAGCACGAAUGCUAUACCUAGUUGUCGAUAGUUACUGGAUAUCACAAUUCCACAAGAAACAAUGUAUGUCAAUGAAGAUGAAAUGCUUUGGCUUGGAUCAUGGCCUAUGUUAAUAUUAGAAAAGUAUAUAUUUUAA